AUGUGGUUGGAGGGGCGACACCCCGUGACGAUCGCAGCAUUUAGCGUUCUUCUCUACGCCUUCCUCUCCCUCCCGAUGGCGUUCGGCUACAUUGUGGUCAACAUGGCCGCGGGCUACAUUUUCGGCGUGUUUGGCGGCAUGCUGGUCACGGUGACCACAGUGGCUACCGGAGUGGCGCUCGCUCACGUCGCCAUGCGCCAUUAUUGUCGGCCGGGCAUCGUGGCGCUCAUUGCCAAAGUGCUGCCGGCGGAGUAUCACAGAGCGCUUUUCAAGUUGCUGGCUGGACCCGAAGCGCUCAAGAUCGUCUUCUUGACUCGCCUCACGCCGAUCCCGUUUGGGCUGCAGAAUGCCAUUUUUGCUGUUACCAAUGUUACCACAAAAAGUUACCUUUAUGCCACAGUCGCUGGGCUGUUCCCAACUCAAUGCCUCAAUGUCUACCUUGGCAGUACCCUGAGGAGUCUGGGAGACAUUUUGUCUGAAGGCGGACUGUCUCUUGUUGGCUAUGUUGUGCUCAUUGCCCAGGUGCUUUUGCUGCAUGGGGCCUCAUUCAGUUCGAAGACCUGGCUAGAGUUGCACACCCUGCCACUGUUGGCCGCCAUGGGCCACCACGUCGUAGCAGUCGAUCUGCCCGGCGGCACCGAGUCGCUCACUCCAGCCGUCCCCGUGGCUCCCCACUUUCAAAAGGACUUCCUGGAGGCGUUCAUCAGCCGAGCUGGCUUGAAACCCGCUGUUGUUGUGUCCCCUUCCAUGUCUGGCACGUUUUCCUUGUCACUGCUCAGGUCAAAGCCUGAGAUGUUUGCGGGUUUUGUGCCUGUGGCGCCGGUCAUGUCUGACGAGUUGACCCAAGAGUACCUGGGGUCACUCCGGGUGCCGACCUUGGUCUUGUACGGGGAUCGGGACCAGCACGGGAAAAGGGUGAGCGAAAAGCUGGGCAAAAUCCCCACUAGUAGGGUUGUGAUGAUUGAGGAAGCCUCGCAUCCCGCUUAUAUCGACCAACCUGAUGUUUUCCAUGAGUUGAUGUACAACUUUCUGAGACUCUUGACUGAGAUGACUGACAGAGCACACGUGCAAGUUAUUUGGGAGGAGGUACAGCAGUUGAAUUUCAGAGCUGCUUUGGAGAUUGAACUCUGA